ACUAUAAACGCGCCAAACCCGGCUCUCCAGUAACCUCCUCCUACUGCUUACCCGCCAAAUUCCACCCGCCAGGCCGCCACCAGCCGCUAACGCUAUCGCCGACGAUGGGAAAGCAGAAGCAACAAUCCAUUUCCCGAUUUUUCGCGUCAAAGUCAACUCCCCCGACCCCUUCUUCGGCGUCAACCUCUCCUCCUCAAUCACAAACUGCUCGCACGAAUCCACCCACGCCGCCGCCCAAAAUCGCGGCCACCGUGAGCUUCUCUCCAGCCAAACGUCUCAGAACUUUGCAACUCGCGUCCCUGCAAUCAAAACCCUCCAAAUAUCCAAGAGUUGGGUCUUCAACCCAUGAACCCACCCAAAACCCUAAUCCGACCCCUCCUCAGUCCAGCGCUACUCUUCACAAGCGGUUCCUGGAAAAACUUCUGGAACCUUCUCAAGAAUUGCCAGAAGUUUUUAAAAGAACUCAACUUUCCAACUCUAAGCAUACUCCAUUAGAGCAACAAGUGGUGGAGCUUAAGGCCAAGUACCCAUACGUUCUUCUGAUGAUUGAGGUUGGGUACAAGUAUAAGUUUUUCGGUCUGGAUGCGGAGAAUGCUGCUAGAGUAUUGGGCAUUUACGCAUACAUGGAUCAUAAUUUCUUGGUUGCCAGUGUACCAACUGUUCGACUUAAUGUCCAUGUGAGGAGGCUUGUGAGUGCGGGAUACAAAGUGGGUGUGGUUAAGCAAACUGAGAGUGCUGCUAUUAAGUCCCACGGAUCAAAUAAAUCAGGUCCUUUUUGCAGGGGAUUAUCGGCACUGUACACAAAAGCAACUUUGGAAGCAGCAGAGGAUUUGGGGGGUGGAGAAGAGGGGUGUGUAACUUGUAACAACUUUUUGGUUUGUGUUGUCGAGAAGGGGAUUGAGAAAGUGGUUGGGGUUGAUGUGAAAGUAGGCUUUGUAGGGGUCGAAGUUUCCACAGGUGAUGUUGUGUAUGGGGAAUUCAAUGAUAAUUUUAUGAGGUCAGGCUUGGAAGCUAUGAUUUUGAACCUGUCUCCAUCUGAAUUGCUACUUGCAAAGCCUUUAUCUAAAAAUACAGAGAAGUUGUUACUGGCAUAUGCUGGACCAAGUACAAAUGUUAGGGUGGAAGAUGUCUCAAUAGAUUGCUUCAGGGACGGUGGUGCCCGUGCUGAAGUAUUGUCUCUUUAUGAGAAGAUGAAUAUAAACAAUUCAAUGCAUACAACUGAAGAUGCACCGAUUUCAAGACAAGCCAGUAAUCAGUUUGCAGUAAAGGGAAUUAUGGACAUGCCUGAUUUAGCUGUCCUAUCAUUAGCAUUGACUAUUAAUCAUCUUAAACAAUUUGGAUUGGAGAGGAUUAUUUGCCUGGGAGGUUCAUUUCAUCCUUUUACCAGUAAAAUGGAGAUGACUCUUUCAGCCAAUGCACUUCAACAGCUUGAGGUUUUGAAGAACAACUCUGAUGGAUCAGAAGCUGGCUCAUUGCUGCAGUGUAUGAAUCACACACUUACCAUGUUUGGUUCAAGGCUGCUCAGACAUUGGGUGACUCAUCCUUUAUGUGACAGAAACAUGAUAAAUGCUCGUCUUGAUGCAGUUGCUGAGAUUGCAGACUCUAUGAAAUCUUUGAAACCUUCUUGUAAAUCUGACUUAGAUGAAGAUGAUAUUGGCGUCACUAAUGUACAGCUAGAUACUCUCAAUUUACUCACUUCAGUUCUAUCAACUUUAGGAAGAGUUCCUGACAUUCAACGUGAGCUCUCAAUCUUGAGUUUUUGAAUGGAAUUACAUGCCGUGGAUAUGCUCCCUCCAGCACUCCACCCCCCCAAAAUGUCCUAUUUGGUUUAUUGUAGUUAUUCGAGCUAUAUUAGUAGCUGGCAAACAACUUCAAAAUCUUCAUAUAGAAGAGGACAACAGCAGCAUGGGUGGAGGCACUAUUCACUCUUCAUUGUUACAAAAGCUGAUAGCAAUUGCUUCCUCAUCCAGUGUCAUGAAUACUGCUGCAAUACUUUUGUCAAACCUAAACAAGGAAGCUGCUGAUCAGAGGGAUCUUCACAAUCUCUUUAUCAUAUCUAAUGGGAAAUUCCCAGAGGUAGCUGAAGCACAAAAAAGUGUCGAUUCGGCGAAUGAGAAAUUAGAUUCACUGAUAGCUGUAUAUCGAAAACAGCUCAAAAUGCGCAAUUUGGAAUACAUGACUAUAUCUGGAACAACACAUUUAAUAGAGUUACCUCUUGAUGUUAAGACGCCCCUCGAUUGGAUGAAGGUGAAUAGUACUAAGAAAACAAUACGAUAUCAUCCACCGGAAGUAGUUACAUUCAUAGAACAGUUAUCAUUGGCUAAGGAGGAGCUCACUGUUGUUUGCCGAGCUGCAUGGAACGAAUUUUUAACAGCAUUUGGUGGACACUAUGCUGAUUUUCAGGCAACUGUUCAAGCUUUAGCUUCAUUGGACUGUCUAAAUGCACUUGCCAUCCUUUCAAGAAAUAAGAAUUAUGCACGUCCAGUCUUUGUUAAUGAUGAUGAACCUGUUCAGAUACAUAUCUCUGCUGGUCGUCAUCCGGUUUUGGAAACUGUGCUGGAAGAUAAUUUUGUCCCGAAUGAUACGAAGUUGCAUGUUGAAGGCGAGUACUGUCAAAUUGUAACUGGACCAAAUAUGGGUGGAAAGAGUUGCUAUAUUCGGCAGGUUGCUCUUAUAGCUAUCAUGGCUCAGGUUGGUUCCUGUGUACCAGCAUCAUCAGCAAAACUCCAUGUGCUAGACGGUAUCUACACUCGGUUGGGGGCAUCUGAUAGCAUCCAACAAGGAAGAAGUACAUUCUUAGAAGAGCUGAGUGAGACUUCUCACAUUCUAAAGCAUUGCACGGCCCACUCAUUAGUCAUAAUUGAUGAGCUCGGUAGAGGCACAAGCACACAUGACGGUGUUGCAAUUGCAUAUGCCACGUUGCAACAUCUUCUGGGCCAUAAGAGAUGUCCGGUCCUCUUUGUCACACACUACCCCAAGAUUGUUGAUAUCAAGAAUGAAUUCCCCGGAAGUGUUGGAUCAUAUCAUGUUUCUUAUUUGGCAUCACAGAGAAUUUCAAAUAAUAAAUCAAAUGAGAGAUCUGAUGGUGACAUGAUGGAUAAUGAAGAUAUCACUUAUCUCUAUAAACUUGUUCCUGGUAUCUCUGAGAGAAGCUUUGGGUUUAAGGUUGCUCAGCUCGCACAGCUGCCAACUUCAUGUAUUCGAAGAGGAAUUUUCAUGGCAGAAAGAUUGGAAGCAGCUGUACUUAUUAGAGGACAUAAGUUGUUUCUCCAAGAUUGCCACAUAGAGCAUGAAAGAGUAUUGGAGCCUGAGGAGUUUGUCAAUGGGUGGAAGAAUUUUAUUGGAAUGAUAAACUCAAUAAUGGUUGAAGAUGCUGAUGAUGAGCCGAGGCUACUCCAAUCUCUUAUGAAUGCUAAAAGCCUUGCAAUCGAAUUGUUAAACAUCUAAGAUAGACGAUAUCAAUUUUUAGCCUUUUUUGUGCUGCUGUAUCUUGGCAUAGUGGUUUGUAAGCACCAGGGAAAUUAGCAAUUUGGGUUAAUAAUCUUAGGACCCUAAUCCAAACCAAAAAACUUUUGGAGCACUUUCUUUUCAUGUUUUCUCGGGUAUCAACUUCUGAAAAUCAAAGUUGUACUAAU